AUGCUGUCGCUAGCGACAGUGCUCCUGGGUAUCCCGCUUGUCCUGGUGUUCUACUUCCUAUGGACGUUCCUCCUCCUGCUCGUCCGACAGGCGCGCUCGCCGUUGCGCCACCUUCCAGGACCACCGUCGGCAUCGCUAUUCAUGGGAAACCUACAGGACCUUCAUGACCAGGAGAACACGGGUCUGGUGGCGCGCUGGGCGAGCACCUACGGCUCUGCUUUCGUCUACCGCGGCUUCAUGGGGGGUCAUAGGCUUAUGCUCGUCGACCCGGUGGCCGUCAACUACGUGAUGAAUCGCGGGUACGACUACCCCAAACCGGACUUUGUACGGGACAGUCUAGCGAGCAUGGCGGCGGGGUAUGAGGGCCUCCUCACCACCGAGGGCGAGAUGCACCGUAAACAGAAUCAGGCAUUCUCUGCUGCGCAAGCCAAGUCCUUCACACCGAUAUUCUGGGAGAAGGCCAUCCGUUUACGGGACAUAUGGUUAGACAUCACUGCCUCGCCGCUUUCUUUCUUUACUCCAGCCGACCCCCUCACGACCCUGGACCCCCCAUCCGCACUCACAACAUCGUUCCUGCCAAAUCCGUUCUCGUCCUUCGUACCGUCGAAGGCGUCCCCACCAUUCCCUUCGACCGUCAAAUCACGACUCGCAGCACUGCCCACCAUCGAAUCGGCCAGUGCUCCUUGUAGACUGGAUGUCCUUCCAUGGCUUGCCCGUGCGACGCUGGACGUGAUCGGCGCGGCCGGAUUCGGGUACGCAUUCAAUUCGCUCGAGGCGGCUGCAGAGCGCCGAGAGAGCGAGAGCGAGCUUGCGCGCGCGUUUGCGGUUAUUUUCUCGACCGCACGCAAGUUCCGUGUGAUGACGAUACUGCAGGUGUGGUUCCCCGUGCUGCGUAAUUUUAGGACUGAGAACGCUGCGAUGCGCCAAGCGAUGGCUUCCAUGCGCAAGAUCGGCUCUGAGCUCAUCGAGCAGCGACGCGAACCCGUCCUCGCGGAGACGGAGAAGGUCGCGCAAGCGACCCUGCUCGGGCGUGACCUGCUGAGUGUGCUGAUCCGCUCUAACGUCGCAGAGGUCCCGACACAGCGCAUGUCGAUGAACGAGAUUCUGUGCCAGAUCUCGACGUUCCUCGCGGCGGGGCACGAGACGAGCUCGUCGUCGCUCACCUGGACACUUUACGCGCUCUCGCGCAACCCGGCGGCCCAGACCAAACUGCGGGCGGAGCUACGUUCGCUACCCGUGCCCACAGGGCUCGCCAUGGAUACCACGUCGCCCACACCUCCCACGGCCGACAACACGGACCCACAGGCGGCCGCGUUUUUCGAGCGGAUCAUGCACCUGCCGUAUCUCGAUGCGGUCGUGCGCGAGUCCCUACGGCUCUACGCGCCCAUCACGACCACGAUGCGCGUGGCGGGCGCGGACGACGUGAUUCCUGUGGGCGCGCCGCUCGCGGACCGACACGGGCAGGCGUGCCCCCACAUCCGCGUGCGCCGGGGGGACAUCAUCAGCAUACCCAUCCAGGCCCUGAACAAGAACACGGACGUGUGGGGCCCGGACGCGGAGAUGUUCAAUCCCGAACGGUGGGCGCGCGGCGAAGCGGAUGCGGAGGAGCGUGCGCGGAGGGCCGCGGUGCAGGGUCUGUGGGGAAACCUCAUGACCUUUGGUGGGGGGAACCCCGUCAACGGCAACCGGUCUUGUAUUGGAUACCGGUUCGCGUUGAGCGAGAUCAAGAUAUUCUUGUACGUGCUCGUGCGCGACCUCGAGUUCUCGAUCGACCCGUCCAUUGAGAUCGAGAAGAAAGUCAACGUGUUGACGCGUCCGAGCGUGAAGUCGGAGCCGCAUCGCGGGAACCAGAUGCCGCUGUACAUUCGCCGUGUAUCGCCGUUAGACGAUGGCUGCGAAGGUGUCCGCAUAUGA